GCCCGCUGAAUCAAGCAUGGACAAUUACACCUCCAACAAACGCCGCCUCUCCCUCAACUCAAAUGAAAUCGACGGCGGCGAGCAGAGUUUCCAGGAAGGCGGAGAUCCGGGGGUAUGGGAGGCGUUCACAGAGAAUUUCCGGCGAGUUCAAACGGUGCUGGACCGGAACCGGGUGCUGAUCCAGAAAGUCAACGAGAACCACCAGUCGAAAAUUCACGAGAAUAUAGCGAAAAACGUGGGAUUGAUUCAAGAGAUAAACGGGAAUAUUAACAAGGUUGUUUCUCUUUACUCCGAGCUGUCUGCUCAUUUUUCAACCGCCGUCGUUCACCACACCAGUGCUACCGCCGGCAACAGCAACUCACCGCCGCCCAAGGAGAAACAGUGAUAUAUUGGAGUCUGCCUGCAAAAGUGAAGUUCAAUUACUUUACUUACUUACUACUAUUAAAUUAUUCCUAAUUAAAUACUCCUCUUCAUUAGUGUUUAAAAUAAAUUAUUAAUGAUGCUAAAAUAAAUUCCAUCAUCUUCCAAAUAAGUUUGGACUUGUGUUAUCAUUCUUCUUAAUUCUCUGUUUACUAUUAUCAUCUAAAUUAAUGAUGUCAUUAACAUGGAACAAUUUACGAUUAAAAUCGUACUACUUGAUUCGGUUUAUUAUCUACAUGAUUCAAACUGUUGAAUCGCAAGUUUUCUUUUCAAACCAUACGAUUAAUUACUAUUCAAAUUUUACGGUUUACACUUUUU